CAUAGAAACGGAGCCGGAGAGUGAGAGUGUCUACGGGGAGGGCUGGCGGAGACACGGCGCCCGGGAAUAUGUUGACUCCACUCUUGGCACUGAGUCAGCAAGCAGUGACCCUUGGCCAGCUGGUGUCCAGCGCCACAGCGAAGUGAUUAUUAAGCGCCGACUUCGCCGGAGACCCGGCGUGAGUGACUGUAGGUACCGGGGAGAAGUGCUCACUGACAGUGAUGGCCAAGCGAGCUCGGAGUGAAGAUGAUGAUGAUGAACAUCUGUUCCAAGAUCGUGAUUAUGUCAUCCCUCAACAGAAAGGUACAAAGAAGCUCUGUAAGAAAGUUAAAUGGAUACCUGAUGAGCAGGAUGAGAAGUUAAAGAAGUUGGUAGAAGAACAUGGAACAGAAGAUUGGAAUUUCAUUGCUAGUCAUUUUCAUAACCGAACAGAUGUGCAAUGUCAGCAUCGAUGGCAGAAAGUUUUGAAUCCAGAAUUAAUAAAAGGACCAUGGACCAAAGAAGAAGAUCAAAAGGUAAUUGAAUUAGUGCAGAAAUAUGGUCCAAAAAGAUGGUCACUAAUUGCUAAAUACCUAAAAGGCAGGAUUGGAAAACAGUGUCGGGAAAGGUGGCACAAUCAUUUAAAUCCUGAAGUCAAGAAGUCUUCUUGGACAGAAGAAGAAGAUAAAAUAAUAUAUGAGGCACAUAAGCGUCUUGGAAAUCGUUGGGCAGAGAUAGCAAAAUUGCUUCCUGGAAGAACAGAUAAUUCAAUCAAGAACCACUGGAAUUCCACAAUGAAAAGGAAGGUUGAGCAAGAAGGAUAUCUUCAAGAGGCAUCCAAGUGUGAUCUGCUUCCAAGUAUGCAGCAGCAGAAAGUACCACCUCGGACUCCUCUAAACCCAGUGCAGUUCCAGAAUCAGCUUUUCAUUCCUGUGUCUACUCAAGGCCUGAGACAUACAUACUUGGCUUCAGAAGCACCUUGCAUAGAUAAUUCCACAACAGGAUUAACACAACAACCACAUAUUGAUGAUGAUCCUGAUAAAGAGAAAAGAAUAAAGGAACUUGAACUACUCUUAAUGUCAGCAGAGAAUGAAGUCAGAAGGAAACGAGUAGGAGCUUCUCAAGACACUGCUGACUUCAUCUGGUCAAGAAGUCUUUUUGGUGAUGAAAGUUUAUCCAGUACCUUGAGUAGCUUGGAAGAUAAGGCAAGUGAAAUUUGUACGAAGGAGUCUCUUCAGGGAGCAAGCACACCAGUACACCAGACUUGUCUCAACUGUUUCCUUUCACAGGAGGAGAGUUCAGUCCUUGGCACAUUGCAGUCGAUUCCUGAUUUUAGUAAGACAUUUGAGCUCAUUGAAACUGAUUCUGUAGUUUGGAAUGAACUAACUAACUUCGACCUUUCUGAAGUUGACGAAAAAACACCUCCUAAACAGACUCCUGUUAAAUUUGAACGUUUGCAGCACAAAGGUGGAAUAGGUUAUCGCUUUGAUGGCCAUGCCAUUUCAGAUCUGAGCAGAACUACCUGCAGUAAUAGCAGUGGGCAUGGUGAGCUCAUUCCUAUAACAUCUCCUGUUGUUGCUAAGUUCAGCACACCGCCAACCAUUUUAAGAAGGAAAAGAAGAUUGCGUCUUGGUCCAUCUCCAUCCAGUGACUGCAACAGUCUUUCUUUCAUGGAUAACAGCACUACAAGUCCAAAAAGUACUCCAGUUAAAGUACUGCCAUUUUCACCUUCCCAGUUUUUUAAUAUCUGUUCUGGUAACGAUCACCUGAACAUUGAUAAUGCAGCACUUACUUCGACUCCAGUCUGUGGGCAGAAAGUUCUAGUUACAACUCCACUGCGAAAAGACCAAACACCUAGAGUUCAAAAAGAAAACGUAGGUUUCAGGACCCCCACAAUAAGACGAACGGUUUUAGACAGCACUCCGAGGACACCUACCCCUUUCAAGAAUGCACUUGCUGCCCAAGAAAAGAAAUAUGGGCCUCUUAGAAUGGUGCCUCAAUCACUUGCACAUUUAGAAGAGGAUAUUCGUGAGGUCUUGAAGAAGGAGACUGGGGCUGACAUAUUACUUGGAGAAGGAAUGGAUCCAUUUUUCAAAGUCUGUGAACAAGAGCAUACGACUCCUCUCAAGAAAGUACGAAAAUCUCUUGCUUUAGAUACUUGGAACAAGGAUGACUUUGGUACGCAAAGGUUCACACAGACCUUUGUUUCAGAUGUAGAGUCUGAAAACCAGUUGAACACUUCAUUACUGAAAACACUUUUACCAGAAAAAUCAGACAUCACCACAAGUACUUGGAGCAGAAAUGUUAUCUUGUCUGAAAUAAAGCAGCAAAAUACUUCAAAAACUGUCCGAUUUGAGAUACCUUUGCAGAUGACCAGUGAAUGGGAAGCAGUUGCUUGUGGAAAGACGGAGGAUCAGCUAAUAAUGACUGAACAAGCUCGGAGGUAUCUUAAUGCCUAUAAUGGCAGCAGCACUAGCAGGGCACUGAUCCUGUAGCUGGCCAUUGCUUAAGGAGCCAAUAAAUAUACACUAAAACUGAGAGCUGAUGAUUUAUGUCAUAAGCUUAGCUCCUGAUCUACCUAGAUGUGAUUUUUCUGGAGGGUUGAAUCUCUUUAAUAUUCUGAUACGUAAUAGACAAACUUAACCAAAACUAAAAGCUGCUUUUGCUAAGUGUAAUAUGUGCUAAUAAGAUAGCUUUUAUUUAAAAUAUAUGAAACACAUGGAUGGAGAGGCAGAAACAAGUACUGUCUGAGUUGCACUCUUUUGUCUUUGAUAUGCUGUAAAAAGAACAGACUAAAUGCUUUUGAUGGAUAUUAUGGGUAAUUGUCACAUAGUUGUAUUUUUAACCCAGUCCAUAAUUGUUAACUAAACACUGACACAUUAGGAUUGGCUGCUUGGAAUCAAGCUUGAAAAUUUAAAGCAGCUAAUAUCAGAUAUGUGACAAUUGACAAAACCAAGAUAACUUCAUACUGUAUGGUAUGCUUUAUUGUGAACAUAUGUCAAUAUGAUCAAAUAAGUGUGUUAAGCACAAAGCUGUGUUUUUAUAAUGUAAGUAAGAAGAUGAAGUUUUUUUAUUCCACAAUAUUGAAAUACCAGUAUUUAACACAAAUCUCUGAAAUGUGAGAUGGUGUUUUGAAUGUAUUGUAGAAGCAGGGAAAAGUUGUAAAUUGAGAGGAAAGGGUACAUUUUCUUUAAAUUAUUUUCAGCUCUAAUGCUUAAUAGUAUUUAUGUGUGAAUAUCGAGAGCCUAGAAGCCGCUGUUAAUUCCUGUUGAUCAGAAGUGAUGAUAGUUAUGUCACACAUUCCGAAAUAUGCAUAUCUUUUUAAAUAUUUAGAUACUUUAUCAGAAAACCUUAACUUAUAACCUUUAAGUCUACUAGCAAUUGGGAGCAGGAGUGUGUGUUCAUUUUCAGUCAUCUCCAUAUUCUAUGAUUUACAAGCAGAAGGGAGAAACAUUUCCUAAUCUCCUUUUGUACAGAAUAGCACCCCUGUUUUGAACUGCUUCUUUCCUUAUCACUAUAUUUUCUGAAAGAAAAUAGGUGAAGAAACUGAAUGAGAACUGCACACUCACUUAUAACCUAAGCUAUCUACCGUAACCUAAGCUAUCUGUAAAUACAGACGAAUUAAUCCAUUUCCUCUUCCAAAUCUAGUUAAUCUCACAAACCUAUAAUACUUUGCACUUAAAUGUCUAACCAGUAAUGGAUAUGCAUGUGUUUGCUUUAAGUUAUAAAUUGAUUAAAUAAUAUGUUAGUCCUGUAGUCCUCAUUUUAAAGCAAGUUAUCACAUGCAAAUCCAUUAUUAGUCAGUUGCACCUUAAGAUCACAAAUCACAAUUAUUAUUUUUUCAUGUAUUUCCAAAUGUAUUCUGUAAACAAAUGUUCUAUUCAACAUGGUAAGCAUUAACAUCACAGUUACAAUCCAUUUUUGUGAAAAGUGAUAGUUUUGGAAGUGGGUAAAAAUCAAGGAAAUGUCUGUCAUUUUUAUUUUUAAUGACAUUACAUCUGACUGAUAUCAUUUUCAUAGCAUUAUGACAUCGGUCAUUCUGGUUACUUUUAUAAGUAGUGUGGGGAGCAAACUUUUGCAGCAACUUUGGAGCAGUAGGAAAAUUACGUACAUUGUGAUACAACUUUAAGCUGAUUGAGUUUAUGCGACCUAUUAGCAGUUUAAUUUGAUUUUGGUUAUUUCAUGCAAACUUGAGUAGACAAAUCUAUUUAGUAUCUGGGGUUAAGUUCUCAACAAAUUUGUUCCUAUUACCUUGUCUUGUUAUUUAUGUUUCAAGCUAUAACAUCUAUCUUUAUACACUAAAACUUCCUCAAGUCAACUUACACCAAAUCGGAGGGGAAUAAACAUUGCCCUAUGGUCUUUUUUUUAAUAUAAAUCAAUUUGUUUACUUUCUAGAUAUGUUGUUUACUUUGUAAAAGUAUCUCAAGUUGAAAUUAAAUUGUGUGAGUCUCAGAAUGUGGAAGAAUUAUUUCCCUGAUUUAAAAUGAUCCAUUGUUUCAUGCACAGGCAAAACAUUGGGUUAAAGUUGCCUGAACUUAGAUAUUUGCACUAAAUAUGUGUUUACUUUUCCUUCUCCCCCUUAGAAAGAUUUUAAUUAGAUGGAUCUACAGAACAUGGAGUGUAUGUGGAGAUGUAGCACUGAUGUAUUUAGGGGGAAAAAGCAAAAUAGUACAUGAUUAUUAAAUAGCAAUAAAAUUUAGACACUCUUUCCUCUCCUGAAUUGUACUGCUAUGCACAAUAGCAGGAUAUGCUUGCUGCUAUUGAGAGAUGGAAAAGGGAGCAUCUGAUGCACUGUGUAUAGAAUGUACAUAGUUUGUAUGAUGGAAACAGUGAUUCUGUAACAUUUAACAACUAUUCUAUGUGUGAAGGUUCUAUCUUGCAUGCUGUGUUCACUAAGCACAUAUUAAUUGGACACUUUUUGAAAAGUUGUGUUUUUGUUUUCAUUUUGUCUUUUUUUUAAGGUGGUUUUGUUUCUGCAGGAUUGAAGUUUUGAAUGUCAUGCAUGCAGCAGUUAUUUGUAUCUGGCAUCUGCUCUGAUUACAUAAUCUCUGGAUCUGUGCAACAGCAUUAUUGAUUUAUAUCAUUUUUACAUAAUUCACAGAUGCUGUAUAAAUAGUGAAGGAUUGUUUAGUUGUACCAAUAUACUGCCAUAUGGGUUAAGAUUUCCUGCUGUAAUCUGUCAAGUGUGUGUUUUGGUAUACUGGUGCAUGUUCUUUGCCAUGAUCACAAAAUGGUACACCAACUGCCUAUGUAGAGCAUAUGUAUGUUGUGUCAAAAUAAAUUGC